AGACCCCCAUUCCGGCGAUUGGGGUCGUCGCCGACCAUAGAGUCGGCAGCGGGGCCUCUCCGGGAGGCUAGAGGGGCCUCGCCGAGAUGCCGGAAGUGCUAGGGGAGGCGGUCUAGGAGGCCGGAGGCUGUGGAGGCUGUGCGGGCAAGGCCGUUGCCAUGGAGUUGCCUCAGCGCUUCCAGGUGCUCAGGUGUUUCUCCUGCCGCCUUUUCCAAGUUCACCAGGUUAAAAAGAGCAAUAAAUGGAACUGCAAAGCUUGUGGAGAGAAACAGUCACUUCUGAAGGUAUACGGGCAAGGCUCUGGAGCUGACUGCAGGAGUCACGUCCAGAAGCUAAACCUGAUGCAGGGUCUGAUGGGGCAAGCGGCAGAGAUGACACUCGGGUCUUCAGAAAGCCCCGCCAACUCAGAUGAAAAGAAUGCAGGUGACCCUCCCGGCGAGCAUUUGAAGCAACAGGAGUUGAACCAGUCAGAGAGCCGGUGGUCUAAGUAUCUGGACCAGGGCACAGAACACUCCCCCGUGGAAGACGACGACGACGACGAUGAUGAUGAAGGACCAUAUUCAUAUAGGCGGCAGCUGCAGCAGCAGCUCCUCUCCUUCAAGAGUGACACAGUUAAAACAAGGAAAAGGAAGGGCACAUCUUCCUGUCCUCCGAGCGGCUCUGCGCAGAGGGGUCCAAAAGGAAGCAGAUAUCCUGACCUCCCCGUCAGAGCCAAAAAGAGCUGUUCUGAAUUGACAGCAGGGGUGGAACAAGAGAGCAGCAACAGUGAAUAUAAAGGCCCCAGAGCUCAUCUUAUCAGUGAGCUAUCUACUCCUGUGUGCCAGGCCACAGUUCUACCUUCAAAGUGGGGUAGAUUUCUCCCAACUCCUAAAGACGACCAUUGCAGGGACCUGAUUCCUUCAGUUCAAGAAAGAGCCUGGAAGUCAAGCCUCAUGAAGUACACCAAAGCGAGUCUCUUAACAGUACCCAGCACCUCCUCGGGAGAGGAAAACACCACAGCUUGCUGUGCUGGUGAGCAAAGCAAAAACUUCUGCGUAAAAAGCAAGGGUGGUGGAAUUUUCCACUUGGCAGGAGGGCCUCAGGGCAGCCCAAGUGCUGGGAGUACCAGGUUUCUCUCUGCCACCAGCAUGUGCCCAGCUUCUAAUCAGAUGGAAGACAAACAUCUGAAAGCACCUUCCAUGACAACUCCAGCCACGGUGAAGCCCCAGAUGAUCCAACCGUGUAACCUCUUUAAAACUGAUGAUGAUUUUGAAGAUGACCUGUGACGAGGCAAUUUUCCUCUCUGAAGAAUUCCACAAGAGUCCCCUGCCCCUUUCAAAGCUAGCAGUGGGCUAAUUUGGAGGUUGGGGGCUAUUUAGACUAGCCCAUCAACUUGGAGCCAUCUCCAAGUUGAGAGGAUGUACCAGGGGAACUUAAAGCAGCAGUACGCUAAUGACCCCAUGUUCUCCCUCAGUCAGCUAAUGGUGAUGUCCUCUGUCCUGAACCAAAACUUCUGGG